CCAAGUUUUACAUAGUGGUAUACUUUGACCCAAUGCCUGGAAAUAAACAGCCAUUGCUUAAAGAAAACGUCCUACCAUAUACAGAUGUAUACAUCCUCUUGCAGAGUGCACUGUGUACCAACGGAUAUACGCUGCACAAAGGGACUUGUUACAGAUAUCAUACGGAUAAACAGACCUGGGAGGGAGCACUGUUUCAGAGCGCCAAAGAUAACGCUACCCUAGUAUCCUUCCACCUGACAUCCGAGGUGGGCUUUGUCCAACGGCUUAUCACACCAGGAAUAACAAGUUUAGUUUGGACAGGCUUGAAUGAUCGGAUCACAGAGGGGACGUAUACGUGGUCAGAUGGUACCAGUGUUGAUCACACUUCUUGGAGAGCAAACGAACCAACAGGCUUAAAGGAAGACUGCGUUGGUAUAGAGGGGACUAUCUAUGGCACACUGAUGUCUGAUGCUCCAUGUACUGAGCCACAUACUUACGUGUCUAGAAAGCCCCUUGAAGGACUCAUUACAUAUCGCAUGAAGAUACAACUUAUCACUUUACUGUGGACCGAUGAUUAUGGCCAAGCGACUUCUUUCCCGUAUUUGGACCUCAAGCAAAAGAUAGAGACAAUGCUGCUGGAAAUCUUUAAGAUCGAUUCGACUUUCGUAUCAGGAUAUGUCGAAGAUUUCAGUAAAACCCCGAAGCCAACUUCUCCCACUGGUAAACCAACAAAGCCUGGUAUUGCGACACCUGCCAAGUCAUCAGGGACAUCUCCAAUUUCUGGUGCAACCAAGCCAACACUGGUUACCCCAGGAACCACACAGGCCACUCCAGCGUCAAAGCCUACUUCAAGUGGAGCAACUUCCAAUGAGAAGUCAUCAGUGACAACUUCAAUUAUUUUAAAGUUUGGACCUGGAGUAAAGCCUGAUCCUACAAAGCCAUUUCAAAAACAUUUGAGGAAGAACCUUGGAAGACUUCCUGGUCCAGUUAAUCAGAAAACUCUUAUUCAGUCCGUCAGAAUAGUUCAUCCAGGAGUUCCACCCGCUGUGUUGGGAACUUGUACCCCCAGUUGCUUUACCACUUGCCUCGUCUCUUGUAAUCCAUUUUGUUGCAAUUCCAAGGCGGCAGCUGGAAGCAAUAUGCAGUAUUCUGCCAUGCGACAUGGUGUAAUAGCCCAAGCAAAUCGCAGGCGAUUUAUCAUGCCUGGCUUUUCGAGGUAUCCAGUGGUUCCUCUCCAGGCCAUGGCAUCGCAGGCCCGAGCGAUGAGAGUUCCAGUGACCUUGGCAAUAAGAUGUGUUCCAACAGUUCUGAGGCCUUGCCCACCAGGCACUCAAGUUUCACAAACUGUACAGGGUUCUUAUAAAAUGCCCCAACCUCGAACUAUUGAAGGAAUCUUAAGCCCUCAGCGACGUCCCCUCAUGUCGAUCCCACGCUUGACAUUACCAAGGCUUCCUUAUUCGACCAAUCAGCAGGCUUUUCUCCCUAGGGUCGCUAAUCCAGUGCAGAUGCCUUGUAUACCAAGUCCUAAUAACCUAUGUCCACCAUUGAUACGUCCCCCUGCGAAGCCUUUGAAAGUGACAGAUCCUCCACAGCACAUAAUACAUCUUCCACCGCCACAGAUGCAGCCUCCGUGCACUCCUAGCGCGUUCAAUCCUUGUCCAUCACAAGCACGUCUUCCUUUAAGUCCUUUAAAAGUAACAGACCCCCCACAGCACAUAAUACAUCUUCCUUCGCCACAAUUACAAGCACCCUGUAUUCCGAGUGCAUUCAAUCCUUGUCCACCCCAAAUGAGCCCUCCCUUGAGACCUAUGAAAGUAACCGAUCCCCCACAGCACGUGAUACAUUUGCCUCCACCACAGAUGCAGCCUCCAUGUAUUCCUAGUGCUAACAACCCAUGUCCCCAACCAAUUAUGCCUCCUGUGAAUCCUGCACUGGCACAGUACCCCCCACGACAAGUGAUUCGUCUGGUACCACCACAGAUGCAACCUCCUUGUAUUCCUAGUGCGUACCAGCCAUGCCCGUUACCAAUUGCGCCCCUAGUCAAGCCUGCAGCGGCCCAAUACCCAUCACAACAAGUUAUGCGUCUGGUACAACCACAGAUGCAACCUCCUUGCACUCCAUCAUUAUACAACCCUUGUCCACCUCAGACAAAUAUUCUACCUUCCAAGAUAAAAGUGGUAGAUCCACCACAACAUAUAAUACACUUACCUUCCGCACCACCACCUCCACCACCCUCACCAAGUCCCUUUCCUCGACCAUUAUUUUGGCCUGUGCUUUGCAUUCCUCUUCCUAACUACCCUUGUCCGCCGAGAAAGCUUUCGAAGCCGUCACACAAGAAGGGCAAGUCUCGAGCUUUCAUGCCUAAACCCGUUGCUAGUUCCUAUUUGGUCCCGUACGGCAAGUCACCAUACUGGCAAUCUCAAGUUACUUCCUACACUCCAUUUGUCUCACUGCCAUCACCAAUACGGCGAUUACCAACCUAUCAAACCCAGAAUUAUGGCCAGAAACCACCAUUUCAGUUGUAUCGCUCUUCUGUCUGGCCUCAGGUGGCCCCAAUACAGCCCUUUGGGUUGCUUCCUUGGGGCUCCUCUUACGGCCAGGUCACGAAAACCUCCCUUAGUCACCAACCAAAGAAGGCUUUGCCUCAGCCUCCAAAGCCCCCUCAGCCUCCUCCAUCGCCUAAACCUAUUCCAGUCAAAGGACCAGUCUCGUUACAAGGUUCAUUAACUCUUUAUCCUAAGUCAGGACCAAUGGCUCCUCCUUUUCCUUUCCCUCCGUAUCCCCCAGGACAAGGCCCUUUCUCAAUGAUCAACCCCUGCAUCCCUUCUCUAGCGAAUCCCUGUAAUCCAUAUACAGGAAAUGUACCCACAAUGCCACCUACGAAUUCGUACGAAAGACAAUCCAGGCCUAUACUCUUAACACGGCCUCUGCAGGUUCAAGGAAGUAUUUAUCUCAAACCACCUCCACCACGUCCAUUCCCUCCACCGCCGAGUUAUACGUCCAGUGUUAUGAAUCCUUUCUCGAGGCUCGUUUCUCCAAAACUACCAAUUGGACCUCAGAUGGCUGCGCCUCCCCAUUCAAUAAUUGUUCAGCUUCCGGACAUUUCUCUUCAGUCUGCUCCAGCAUCAUUACUUCCAAAGCCUAUCGUUCCACCUGCACUACCUUCACCAGUCUUUCCAAGUAGUUGUCCGAUAUCCUGUACUCACUAUCCAGGCGUAUUUUGUCCUCCAUAUUGCGCGAAUUAUUGCUGUAAAAACAGAGGUAAGAAGCAAAAGAGUUCCUCGAAAAAGAAAAAUAACAAGAAACCUGUGAAAAGCAAGAAGCAAAAAGAGGCCAAAACAAAAAGCAAAGAGAAAAAGAAAAUUUUGAAAGUGAAAAAGGCUAAGAAGGGAUAGGUCUAAACUACAUAUAU